AUGGCUACUUCUAAUUUUGUUCGUUAUGGUGGUCCUAACUAUGAAGAGACAUUAAUGAAAUGGUUUAACGAAGCGGAGAGUGAUGUUAGUGAUGUGGAUGAUUCAUCUCAACAUGAUAUGGAAAGCGAACAUGACUCAGCUUCAGAAUUUGAAGUUUCUGAAGGAAGUGAUGAUGAAGUGGCACGUAGAGGUGAGAAAGUAUCAAAUGAAACAGCAAAAUCUUAUUACGGAAAAAAUCGCUUUAAGUGGUCAUCACAACCUCUUAUACAGAGAUCUCGAACGCAAAAACAUAACAUAGUGUCGCAUUUGCCCGGCCUGCGAGGCGAAGCAAAAGCUAUUGGAAAUUCAGCAACGCCUUUACAAGUAUGGACUUGUCUACUGACAAACGAUAUAUUAUCCGAAAUUCUAAAGUACACAAAUAUAAAACUUAUAGAAAUGAGAGAAAGAUACGGAAGAACCAAUAAGCCCGAAUUACAGGAUUUGGAUAUGGUAGAACUUCCAGCUUUCUUUGGACUCUUGUACUACAGUUCCAUUUUCAAAUCUAAUAAUGAAGAUUUGCAAUCCCUCUUUGCAACAGAUGGUACAGGACGGGACAUAUUCCGUUGUAUAAUGUCUUUACAAAGGGUACUAGUUAUUUUAGCUUGCUUACGUUUUGAUAAUAUAGAAGAUCGUCAGGAAAGAAAAAAGGAAGAUGCCACUGCAGCGAUAUCGUGGGUUUUUAAAAGAUUUGUAAACAAUUGUCAACAGCAAUAUUCCCUUGGGGAACUAACAUGCAUUGAUGAAAUGCUUAUUGGUUUCCGGGGUCAUGUUCAAUUUAGGAUGUACAUGCCUAAUAAGCCUAACAAAUAUGGCAUCAAAGUUCAAAUUCUAACUGAUGCACGAACCAAUUAUUUUUAUAAUGGUUAUAUCUAUUCUGGAAAAGGCAGUGAUGGGCAGAUGUUGUCUAGUGAAGAACAUAAGUUUUCAAUACCUACUCAAUCCGUGUUGCAGUUAAUUGCUCCUAUUCAAAAUACAAACAGAAAUGUAACUGCUGACAACUGGUUCAGCUCUUUAGAAGUUGUUGAUGAGUUACGAAAGAGAGGACUUACCUACGUAGGAACAAUGAGGAAAAACAAACGAGAAAUAACUCAAGAGUUCUUAGCAGAUCGUAAAAAACCAUCAGGAACUGCUCUCUACGGUUUUACCAAAAAUGUGACCCUCGUUUCCUACGUGCCUAAAAAAGGAAAAGCAGUUGUUCUGGUCUCUUCGAUGCAUAAUAACAGUAGCGUCGACAAAACUACCGGUAAACCUGAAAUAAUAGCUUUUUACAAUGAAACUAAAGGAGGGGUAGACACACUAGAUAAAAAGUAUGCAAAUUACAGUACAAGUAGGCGAACCAGACGAUGGCCCAUGGCCGUAUUUUAUGCGGUAUUAGAUAUUGCUUCCGUCAACUCUUUUGUACUGUAUCAAAGCUAUCCAAACUAUGACAAUAUUUCAAGAUUGCAAUUUAUACAAACACUUAGCCAACAGUUAGUAGAAGACCAUUUAAAUAGACGCUUGACAAAUCAAAGGCUUCCUCGAGAAUUGCGUUUGAAUAUUGGGAGAAUAGUAAAAAAACCAAUAAGUGAACAGCCUUCUCAAGCUAAUUCGGAUGGAAAAAGGAAAAGAUGUGGAAUUUGUCCCCGGAAGAACGACAAAAAAACUAAGAAUAGUUGUAUGUAUUGUAAAAUUGCGAUGUGUGAUGACUAG